AUGCUUUACUCUUGUCCUGUGUUCACGGGCAUAGAUUCUUUUCCUCUCGCUCUCUUGCCCUCGCCAUCCCUCUUUUUCUUGCUCCUUCUCUGCAUUAUAAACUGAGGGAGGGGGGGCUCUGUCUGCAGCUCGUUUUCUGCAUCGAUGCUUUAAUCUGCUGUGGAUUCUUUCUUUGCCCAUAAAGAUUUCUUGCCUUUAUCUUCCCCUACCCCCCUUUUAUCUCUCCUUUUUUGAGAUGCCCUUUCACUUUUUAAUAUUUUAGGACUUUGGAGGCUGUUUAAUGGCCUGUGUUAUCAACAGUGGUAGCUUAACGAACUAAUUUGUGUUGCUUCCAACAUUUUUGUGGAAAACAAUGAGCUAUAACAGCUCUACUGUGGGUUCUGGUAGUAGAACUGGCAGGAUGACCCUUGAGUUUGGGAGGACCCAUGUGGUCAGGCCUAAAGGGAAGCAUCAGGCUACUAUUGUUUGGUUACAUGGCCUUGGUGAUAAGGGCUCAAGUUGGUCUCAGCUCUUGGAAACUCUUCCUCUUCCAAAUAUUAAAUGGAUUUGUCCUACAGCUCCUACUCGUCCUGUAGCAUUAUUUGGUGGAUUUCCUUGCACUGCAUGGUUUGAUGUGGGAGAUAUUUCAGAAGAUUCUCCUGAUGAUUUAGAAGGCUUGGAUGCUGCAGCAUCGCAUGUGGCGAAUCUUUUGUCUACAGAACCGGCUGAUAUUAAACUGGGUAUUGGAGGCUUCAGUAUGGGUGCUGCAACUGCUAUUUACUCUGCGACGUGUCGGAUUCUCGGGCAAUACGGAAAUGGAAACCUAUACCCCAUUCACCUAAGUGCAGUUGUUGGGCUUAGUGGCUGGCUUCCCUGUUCAAGAUCUUUGAGGAAUCAGAUCAGCGUGUCUCAUGAAGCUGCAAGGCAUGCUGCGGCUUUGCCCAUUUUACUCUGUCAUGGUUCAGGUGACGAUGUUGUUGCUUUCAAGCAUGGGGAGAGAUCUGCACAGACUUUAAGUUCAGCUGGAUUUAGAAAUCUAACAUUUAGAACCUAUCACGGGCUGGGGCAUUACACCAUUCCUGAAGAGAUGGAUGUUGUUUGUAAUUGGCUGACAGCAAUUUUGGGACUUGAUGGCUUACGGUUGGUCGACAAUUGAAGUCGUCAGAGAUAACGAGGAGGAAUAUUCUUAGGUUUGUAACAAAAUGGUAGAGAUGGUCGAGCGUAGGGGCGCAGUGUGAAUGGCCAUAGUUUUAAGUUCUUUAAUUUUGGUUGCUUCUUUACUAAAGAAUAAGCCCUUGCCUUUCUGGUUUCUGGUCUUUAGCAAAUCUGAUAGUGUUAUGUCUACGUUUUCCUUUUUCUCCUUUGUUUUUUAGUCUAAGUUUGGGGGUAUACGAAUCUGAGAAAUUUUCCAAUGUUAAAUUUAAUAUAAACACUGUUCCUGAA